UGCAAGAGUGAGCUGAAUUUGAAAUCCUUACAAAUGUUUGUUCGGACACUAGAAGCCGUGCGUUCAAUAUACUGCCUUGUCCCACUGCGGUAUAAAGCUCACAAGCUGGGUGUCCAAAUCUCCAUUGUGCCUGCAUCAUCUCCAUCACAAUGGCAGCCGCUCUCAUCAGCUUUAUCCUCACGCAAAGCAUCCGUGCCGCACCGAUCUCUCAACAUCCCCCACCCAACAGUACAGAUUUCUCCAUAAAUUACUCGGAUGCAUGUAACGAUCUGUGCCACUGUCGGACUAUGUGGAGCAUGGUAUACAGCUGCCUCCUUACGAUAUUCGCUUGUGUUUGGACAGCACUCCAUCCAGAAGUGCCUGAGCAAUAUUCGGCUUGGUCGUUUGAGCGUGGUUCUCGUAACCUUGAAAUGAUUUUGACGUUGGUUUCGCCGGAGCUGGCUGUUAGGGCUGCAUGGACUGAGUUCUCCAAGGCAUGGAGAAUAUCUCAAAAGUGUGCUGGAAUUCAAGGAUGGACACUCACCCAUUCAUAUUUUGUUAUUAUGAGUGGCUUCUUCAACUCUUCCAAACAAAAACUAGUGAAGCCAGAUGGAAAUGAAGAUCCUUCUACUCUGUUCGAGAAAUAUCCCGGCAUAAUCGACAAGUCGGGAGGUCAGAGAAAGGUCGCAGUAACAAGGGAGGGGGUCCUCGACAGAAGCAAAGGCAGCUUUUUUUCAAAGUCCAUUGUCAUCCUCCAGUUACUGUGGUUCACCACUCAGUAUCAUCUUGUUUCUGCUUUGUGGUGGCACAAACCACUGGACGUCCAUUUUUCGAUCGAUGUGACGGAAGAGACUGAGCCCAAUCCCUCGAGUUCCGAAGCCGUCACUGAUCCAGUACUUCCCAAAACGGAGAACACGUCAAAUCCGAUUUCCCCUGCAGCGAAGAUCAUGGAGGCAAAUCCCAUAUGGAUAUUUUUAGUCACUGGUAUUAUUUUUGGUGGGAUUCAUUGCCUCGCACGGUCAUAUCCAUUUCCGACGUGUGUGGAGAAACUUUUGUGGCGCAUAUCUGCAAUAGUUAUUACUGUGGGCCCUGGCCCUUUGGGGUGGGCCUUAGUCAGUAGUGCAAAGAGAAGUGAGUCCCUUUUAACUCUCUUCAUGCUUUUUUAUGCUAUUGCUCGGAUUAUCCUGUUCACUCUCACAUUUACGUCUUUGCGAUCUCCACCCCCCGACCUUUACCGAACUACAUCCUGGACAUCUUUCAUCCCCCACCUAGGAUAGCAUAAUCGUAGACACAUAGUAUUGUCGCUCUGCGUAAUGAGAAACAGCAAGACUGUAGUAUUGGG